ACUCGGUGUGCAUGCUCAUAAUCCGUGCAUUGUGAACACCUGUGCGCGCUGUGAACGUAAGUCCGUGUGUGUAGCGGAAUUCUACAGAUACCGUGUCGAGGAAUUCAUUCCAUGGUCCUGAAGUUGGCCGAGUUUUCCCAGCUCUUAGUUUUUUUAAGAGCCAUGUGGCUGGUGUAACACAAGCAAGUUAAAUCGGAACGACAAGUUCCAUCUCACAACACCGCCACCAUGUUCAAGAAGUUUGCCAAGAAGGUCAGCCAGGCCAACCGCGAGGACCUGGUGGACUUCGGGGCCAACCUGGAGAAUGCGGAGCCCGAACUCUGCAUCCGGCUGCUCCAACUGCCCACGCUCAACAACUACACGGGUCUGAAGAAGCGCAUCGCCAACAGCGACAAGGAAUGGCUGCAGCGGUUCCUGGAGCUGGACGGGCUGGACGUGCUGCUGGAGUCAGUGGUGCGACUGUCCAGCCGCGGGAUGAACAUGGCCCAGGCUUACUUGCAGAUCGAAGUGGUGAAUUGCAUCAAGGCGGUCAUGAACUCCAAGGCUGGGCUGGAAUACAUCUGUGAGAAUGAGGAGUAUACUCGCAAGCUUGCAGAGGCCCUCGACACCAACAACACUCUGGUCAAGAAGGCAGUAUUUGAACUUCUCUCUGCACUCUGUCUGUACAAUGAUUUGGGAUACACGCUGGCAAUCGACGCCCUGGAAAACUACAAGGUUUCCAAGAACCAGCGUUAUCGUUUCAGUCUGAUCAUCAACGAGCUGCGUAAUGCCGAGAUCAUCCCAUACAAGAUAUGCCUGCUGUCCUUCAUUAACUGCAUCUUGAUGAGCACGGUGGACUUUGAGACAAGAGUGCGUCUACGAAAUGAGUUUAUUGGCCUACAACUGCUGGAUAUCCUCUCCAAUUUUAGAAUCGAGUUAACAAGACAAGAUGACAAGGAUGACGGCGAUCUCUGCAUCCAGCUGGACGUCUUCGACGAGAAGAAGAUGGAAGACGAUGAGGAACUCUUGUCCUGUUUCCCUGACGAUGGGGUGGACCUCAACAGCCCCAUGGACGUCUUUGAUGCAAUCUUUAAAAAGGUGUCUAACUCUCCAAAUGCCGCGCCACUUCUAUCCCUCCUCCAAUCACUUCUUCAGUUUGAGCCGGACGACCCAGUCUCGGAUAUUCUCUUUGAUAUCUCGGACCGUCUGAUUGGUCAACUCAUGGUGCUAGACCACCCCGAGGAGGUCAAGGAGAUUUUGAAAUGCGGUCUCUCGGAGGCGGUGAAACUGGUGAAGAUGAAGGAUAUGUAUCGGACUGCAUUGCCAACAAAGGCGGAGAAGAAAGUGGACACGGUGGAUGCUGGAGUUCAGACUGAAGAGGAGAUUGUCAUGGUGACACCGGGUCAGCAUGGGGGCAGCAUGGUGAGAGAAGCAGUCGUCGUACAGAGAGAUACGUCAUUGGACUCUCAGGCAGCACCUCCAGCUGCACCUCCACCCCCACCAUUACCUGGCAUGGAAGGAACAACUCCACAAGCAAACAUUCCUCCAGCUCCUCCCCCACCAGGAAUGGGCGGGGUCCCACCACCACCUCCCCCGCCAGGAAUGGGUGGAGUCCCACCACCACCUCCCCUGCCAGGAAUGGGUGGGGUCCCACCGCCACCUCCCCUGCCAGGAAUGGGUGGGGUCCCACCGCCACCUCCCCCACCAGGAAUGGGUGGGGUCCCACCGCCACCUCCCCUUCCAGGAAUGGGCGGGGUCCCACCACCACCUCCCCUGCCAGGAAUGGGUGGGGUCCCACCACCACCUCCCCCGCCAGGAAUGGGUGGUGCCCCUCCUCCUCCUCCACCCCUACCAGGCAUGGGUGGCGCCCCACCGCCACCCCCACCUCCGGGCAUGGGAGGUGCCCCUCCUCCCCCACCCCUACCAGGCAUGGGAGGCCCACCACCGCCUCCUCCCCCAGGGGGCUUCAUAAGGCCUGCAACGGCACCUGCUCAGUACUCAGCUUCUCCUACAGUUGCACCCAAGCCAACAAAGAAGCUCAAGAUCCUGAAUUGGUCUAAAAUCCCACCCAACAAAGUAAUGACACCACCUACUUCAACUGCCAAGAAGAACAUCUGGCGAUGCAUCAGUGAGAACCCCCAGCAGCAGACCAACCUGUCCCCGGAGUACCAAGGCCUGGAAGACCUGUUCAGCCAGAAGCAGGCCAAGAAACCCGGUGAAGAUGAGCAGAAAGUCAAGAAGAAGCAACCCACAGAGAUCAACCUCUUAGAUGGUAAAAGGAGCUUGAAUGUCAACAUCUUCUUGAAGCAGUUCCGACUGCCCAAUGAGAAGAUCAUCGAGCUGAUUGUUGGAGGAGACGCGGUAGCAUUCGGUGGAGCUGAGAGAUUGAAGGGACUCCUAAGGGUCUUCCCCGAAAAGGAUGAGAUUGAUAUGAUCAAAGGCUUUGAUGGAGAUAAGACAAAGUUAGGAUCUGCAGAAAAGUUCUAUCUGAUGCUUACAGGUGUUACAAGCUACAAGCUUCGCGUUGAAGGCAUGCUGAUGAAGGAAGAGUUCACAGCCAACUUGGCGUACCUCAAACCCUCACUGGCCACUUUACAGAAAGCUUGCAAAGAUAUCCUCAACAGCAAGACCCUGGAGGAAUUCCUGACGCUGAUUCUGUUGACUGGAAACUUCAUGAACUCUGGAGGUUUUGCAGGGAACGCCAUGGCUUUCAAGAUAUCCUCCCUGAUGAAGCUGAUUGACACCAAGGCCAACAAGCCGCGCAUGAACCUGAUGCACUACAUCGUGGAGAUGGCCGAGCAGAAGGACAAGAACAUGCUGUCCUUUCCUAAUGAGAUGAAGAGUCUCAAUGAAGCGGCAAGAUUAUCGUUGGACCAUCUGACAGGAGAGAUCAAUAUUCUGGGAAGAAGUCUGGAGAAAUUGGAAAAACAACAGGAAAAUGCAGCCAAAGACGUCCAGGAACAACUCCAGAGCUUCAUCAAGGAUGCCCUAAGCCAAGUAGAAGACCUGAAAGAGGAACUACGGACCAUCAACAAGCUUUCUGAGGAGCUGGCCAUCUACUUUGUGGAGGACGCCAGCAAGUUCAAGCUGGAGGAGUUCUUCCAGAUUUUCAAGACGUUUGCUGAGCGCAUCAAAACUUGCAAAGAGGAGAACGAAAAGCGCUGCAUCCAGGAGAAGAAAGCGGAGGCGAGACGCAAACAGAAGGAGGAGAUGGAGAAGAAGAAAGGUUCCGGCGAUGGCAAGGGGAGGAAGAUUGGAGCCCCACCCCCAAUUGAGGAGGAUGGAAAUAUCGUAGACAACCUGCUUAAAGAUAUCAGGAAGGGAUUUUCUCUCAAGAAGACCCGACUGUCGGAAACCAGUGAGCCUGGUAGUCCUAGCAUAAGACGAUCCAGACUAUCGACUCGUCGGAGCCGCCAAUCGACUAAAGGUUCAGCUUCUGGGAGUGUAUCAUCACCACCUGCGGUAGUCAAAGAGGAACCAACGCCAGUGGUAGUUAAGGAAAAGCCCAAGCCAGUGGACCCAGGAGAGGUAGUAGUCGCUGUAAGCAACGGGAAAGACGUGGACGGCCUUCUACGCAAGACUCAGAGCAUCUCGAGUUCCGGGAGCGAGGAUGUCUUCUGCAAAGACAGCGGGUCCAGCGCUGAAGAACUGGCACGGAAAACUUCCACCGAGAAGCAAGUGGAAGAGAUGAACAGGUUGAACAACGGCACGGCCAAGGCUGUGUUGAAUGGCAACAUGAACGUGAAAGCGGAGGUUAAGGCUGGUAGUGUUAAUAUUGAAGAUGCCUCAAUAGGUCUAAAUUUGCCUAAAGAUGCCCCAAAAGGUCCUAAAAUUGAAACUGUUCGGCAGGAAGCCAUACAACAGCCACUUCUGCAAGACGUAAAACCUUUGGAAGAAGCUGUUCCUCUUGCACUGGAAAUGAAGGAACAACCCAGUGCUGAACCAAACAUUCACCCCAAAGUUACUGCAGAAACUGUGCAGUUUGAGGAAGUCAGUCCUGAAGAAGUAGCAAUCACUAUGCAAGAAAACCCGCCUAUGCAACAUGUCAUUUCAUCUCCAGAACCGACUGCUGAAAGUAAACCUUCUCGGCCCUUUCACUUGAAAAUCCAUCAGAAUGGUUUCAAGGCCGAUGAGGAACCUGUCCAGAAACCAGUCAAAAGCCCAGAACUGCGCCAUGUCAAUGCACAAGUUUGUUCCUUAGAAGAACAGCCAAAGGAACCACAGCUGAUGGCAGAGUUGAGUCCAGUCGACGAGGAUGCAAAGGAGAGGCCUAAAAGUGGACUGUUCCGGUUGUCGCCAUGGCAGGCCACUAUGACCUCUGGUCCAAAAUACACCAAGACCGAGGGCCUCCAAGGGGAUUUCUCCCAGGCUGUCCCCAUAGAGUUUGCGGCCGCGGAGAGCAUCGUGCCAGUCAAGGAAUCACCAUCUUUGAGUCCUCCAGCCAUGCGAGAAAAAGUGCAGACCUACGAGCCUGAAGUCAAAAUAAGUCCUAAACACUCCAACGCUAAGCUGCUGACCAAGUCUGGAACUCCGGGCUCUCCGUUGAAGAAAGUAGCUGCUGAUGUGGAUGUGUGGGAAGUCAUGCCUUCCCAAGCCAAGGAAGCCCACAGAGUGACACCCAAUCUCACUUCUGACACCGUUCCUGAUGGCAGUGGGAAGGGUGCACCAGUAAGCAUGGCAUCAGUGCACGACAAAUCGGAUAAGUCUGGAAAGAAUCAGGAAAAUAGUGGUGAAGGAGAAGCCUUCACCCACGUUGAGGUUGAAGAAGUUUCCCCAGUCAAGGAUCAAAGAGAGACUCCGGCAGAAACUGUUAAACCCUCCCUCCCGGCUAAGGGGGUAACACCAUUUUCAGGUUCCUUGUCCAAAGUGCCAGCACACAGCUCUAAUCCACCUGUUGCGACAAGAGGACCAUCCAAUCAACAGGUGGGUGCAAGUCAGAGCCGCCCUGAACAUCACCUCACUCCUGUUGGCUCCAAUACACCAGACACCGAACGCAAGUCAAAGGUCAAGAAGAGCAAGAGUUUCCUGAAAUGGCGUAAACCAAAGGAGCAACGACGCACCGGCAGCGAGAGAACGGAGGGAUUGGACUUGGCCAGGGCGGGGGAAAAGCACCCACAAGAGCAACAAAAAGAUGCUUACGUACUAAGGUUAGAGGAUGAUGGAGCUAGUCUACCAUCAUCCGAGCACGGUAGCGUUGCAGGUGUUAAGAAAGAGAAAAGUCAAAAAAUUCGGUUUUGGAAGAAGAAAAAGAAGAAAGAUAAAAUCUAAGUCUCUGCGCAACUUUUUCAUCUUCAGACUUCUUAUAGGAUUGUUACUUUCAAGUUACACUUAUUUCAAAUUAAUGUCUUUUCUUUUAACUUUUGCACGAAAUUUAAAGCUUUUUUUUAAUUAGGUUCAUAUUUAAUACCGCAUAAUUUAGUCCUGCCUAGUUUGAGCGGAAGCAAUUUUUAAGUUUUGUUACGACUUGCAAUUUUCUAAUACGGCAAAAGUACUUUUUAGAUUUUGUCCUUUUUAAAUUCAUCAAAUGCUUUUGAAUAUAUCAAUAUUUCAGAACUUUACGAAACACUUUUUGAGAUGUUUAUUCUUGUGUCUCCUUUUUUAUUUUACUGAAUUAAACUUAGAAAAUGCUUUUAAGAAAGUCUGGCCUUGGUUUGCAUUUAAGCAUAAAUUGCAGGAUAGGCAAAGUGUCUGUCUUUGUUUUCAACUGAGACAUGUUGGUGUAAAUUUGAGACCAUAAAAUCUCAGGUCUUGAUUUUGACUCGGAAAUUGAUGAGUUUUCACAUUGCAGUCAUUCAAGACAAGCUUUUUUAUAUUUUGGGUUUUUUUAUAAACAGUUCAUGGUACCAAGCGUUAGAUUAUUGUAUUUAUGCAUGAAAUUAUUCUAUGCACAACGAUAAUAUUAACACUAAAAACUGACAGCGAUAGUAAUGCCAUUGUUGUAAUUAAAACAAUCUAUUACAUACAAGAAUUGAUUUCUUUGCGAAUCGAUUCGGACUUUAGUUCCUAAUACUGUAACAUUAAAGUGAUCAUUUGUCUUUGUUUGAGCAAAGACACUAUUGAUAAGUUAUAUUCUUUUUAGUUCAUUGGUUGAAAUAGUGUCAUUUCACCCACACACGGGCCGUUUCUCACAAAGAAAAUUAAUGUGUUAUUGCAGUUAACUCUUUGUCUUUUUUGGUUGUUGUAAAACUUAGUUGGUGUAUUCAUCUAAAGUAAUCUGAUGCAUGUGAUCACUUUGAAAUCAAAUUGGGUUUUUUUAAUCAGACUUACAUAACACAUAACAAAUUAUUGUCUACAGAACUCAUACCUCACUAUGCCUAGAAUGUAAUUCUGCAUUCUCUUAGAUGUACUCUCAGUUUUUUAGGCACAACAUCAAUUGUAUAUCGUUUAGCAAAGUUUAGUUUAACAUUACAUGUAUUUAGCAAAUAAAACAGUACUAGCACUAUAUUUUUAUACCAAAAAAAUACUGCAUCACUAUUUGUAAUGGAUUUAUGUUAUUUUAUUUUAAUUGCAGAUGAUCUAAAAGAAGUCUUUCCAAACUAUGACUGUAGCUUAUUUAAAGAAUAAUCCCUGAUACACUGUAGUAAUCCAAUCCUUCCCAUCCGGAACCUACUCCCUAUACCUAACACCCCCCAUAUCUAGCACCCCCAUGUGUUCCCAAAACCUUCCCCAUUUAAUUCCCUUACCACAGCCUAUUCCUUUCCCUCCCCAAGCUGAUCUCUUCACCGUCCUAAAACCCUCCCAUUCCCACCCCCACCCAACCCCAACCCCACUCCCCCACCCAACCCCACUCCCCCACCCUUCCUCCGUAUCUCGUAAUUGGAGUAUUCACGUCAGUAAUUCUCUAAAUUGUGGUUUUAAUGUCAAUAGUACCAGGAUCUCAAAGUUGUACUUUUUAUUGACUUUUUGAUGUUCGGGACGUGCUUUUAUGGUCGAGAGGCUUUUUUUAAUGAAUCUUUUACAGGGAUUAACAGUGUAAAUCAGACUGGUUUAGGUUGUUGAAUGUUUCACUUUGUUUAUACAAAAUACAUUUUAAUUUUGCUCUGUCAAAGAGAAGACAUCUUUAAGUCGUGCCUUAUGGAAGCAAUAAUAUCAAAACCACAACCCGAAGGACAGUUGCACUUUUUAAGGCUGCCUUUACUUGCUUGCUUGCUUAGGCUUAGUACGUUUUCUUUUGCAAUUUUAAUAAUUGUGUAAUAUAAAAAAAAAAUACAAUUCAUACUGAAUUUGGAUGAGGCUCUGUUUUUUUUUUUUGGUUAUUAAAUCGUCUCUUUUUUUCCAAUACAAAACCUAAAAUGUGCAGAUAGUCUCUGAUUAUUAACUCUUUAUUUUCCUCAUGUCAUACUAAUGCAAUCUCUGACGAUGUUUAGGAUGCAUUAAAAUAAUUCGUUGAUAAUAAUUUAAUCAGAUGCAAGUCGAGCUUUUUAAUAAAUUAACACACAAAACCGCACAACGA